AAUUCCUUUCAGUUUUUGGUUGAUUUGCCAACUGAUGAUCAUAUUUGGUGCGGCUUUUCGGGUGUAAUGGGACCCCUGCUGGAGACCUUCCACAGCUAUUUCGACGACAAGCAUAUCGACUCACCUCUCAAACUCAUAUGGAAGAGAGUUUCUCGGGAAAUGGGACAGUGUGCACAGUGUAUAUGCCAGCACCAUCAAGCUCAGGAGGGUUACAAUGCUGAAUACGAAUCAGAUACCAUAGAUCCUCUUCUCAAAGUGCUGCAAUGCCUUGAUGAAGAAAGGGUAACUGAUCAUCUGAAAGAAAUAAAUGCAUGGCUUAGGCGGAGAGAAUAUGACCCUGAAUGUCACAGUGCAGAAGUUGUUAGUGUAAUGUUUGAAGUAUUGAUGUUUCCUACGUUGUUAGAUGACCAACUUUUGGUAAACGAGUUUCAAUUCUUCAUUGAAGAAAUUGAGAAAUCUCAUGAUGUGAAUCUUGCUGGAAGUCAACAGUAUCCAGGAGUAUAUGCUUUACUCUUUUUUAAGAGUGGAAGGGCGCGUGCAAUUGGGCUUCGUUUAGCUGGAUACAUGGGGAAGCUGAGGACGGCAACGGACUUGGAGCCUUUGCAACCUCUGCUAAGGAAAUACAUUGGGUUUCUGGAAAUGGAAGUUUUGCCAGCAGCUUCAGAUACUUCAAGGCCAAGAGUGCAGCUUGAGCAAGCAAAUGUAUGGCUUGGAAUCAAAUCAUUGCUAGGGUUUCUUGAGCCUCCAGCAUUUGAAGACGGGAUAUUGGAGAACUAUCCUAAUUUCCUCAACAUUGUACUCAACCAUGUCAGUGAUGAUUCUUUUGAAUCUUCAUAUGCUAUAACUUGUCUGAGAGCGUGCUUUGAAAUGCUUGGAUGCAAACUUUGGUGGAGAACCACUUUAUCACCAAGCGUAAUGCGCAACACACUAUUGGGUCAGUGCUUUCAUACUCGAAGUGAGAAAAGCCAUAAAGAUAUAUUUGAUCUUUUCCUCCCAUUUUUACAGUCUCUUGAAGCUUUGCAAGAUGGUGAGCAUGAAAAGCAGCGGCGGCAUUUUCUUUAUUUUCUUCUGCACCAAGUGACUCAAAGUAGCAACUUCAGUGUUCUGACAAGAAAGAGUGCUCGCAAGAUCGCACUUCUUAUCAUACAUCGUGGUUACAAGAUUAACCCUCCUUGCCCACCUUUUGAGUGCUCGCAUAUGUGGGGGCCUUCUGUGGUGAAUUCGUUGAAAGAUGCAUCACUUCAUUUUUCUCUUCGCCAGCCAGCAUUUGAUCUAAUAGAAACUAUCAUUAUUUCUGAUGUUUCUGCUAUGAUAUCUUUAAAAACGAAAUACCAAUCUGUUUCAAACAUUAACUCUACCAUCUCUCAUCUGACGAUUGAUGACGAGGAUGAAGUCCCAUUCUUGCAUGAUGUUGAGGAGGAUAAAUGUUGUUGGAAUGAAUUUAAUACACAGAACAAGCUUGCAUCACAGGAAUGUAGCCAGUGGACUUGCAUACCUAUGUUAUGGUUUGAUUCUUUGGUAGAAGUGGGCCCCUCAAUGCUUCCAGCAUCUUUUUCCAAGGCUGUCUUCUGGGCAUUAUCUCAUGUUUCUGUAAUCAUGCCUCAUACUAGUACUGAGUCUUCACUCUCUACGAAAGACUGGUUAUCAUCAUAUGCCGGAGAAAUCUCUUCGUCAUUUGGUUGGGAAAUUCCAAAUGGUUCUGAUGAUGGCGGAGAUGGCAAAGAAUCAAGAAAUUCAGUUAAGGUCUCAUCCAUGUGCAAUACCUUGAUACAAACAUUCAAGAGGUUUGCUGCUGGUUUUAUUCUCGAAAUGGAGAAACAUGAGCUUCAUAGGCAGUGGACUUGGGAACCAAAAAUGGCAGAAUGUUUGAUAGUUUUGCUUAUAGAUCCUGAUCAUGCCAUACGUCAAGCAGACAAGGUCAUUUUGGAACACAUGUCGAAGGCACGUGAUUUGACUUCUCAACUUAAAUUCCUUUGCUCCAGUGCGUCUUCUCUAUCUGCCAUGUUUUUGGGAUUGAGGUAUGCUUUAAAACAGGUUGAAGCUGCUUCCAUCCUGGCUAACUUUCAUAACCUUCAACACUUAUUUUUUGUUGUCAACAAACUAGUAAAUGAUGUAGUCAAGACUCAACCACCUACCAUUUCCGUUGAAGAUACAAACACUAAGUUCUCAUCUGAAGGGGGUUUUUUGCGACAACCUUGUGUUGACAAUUUCACAGGUACCCUAGGGUGUUCAUCAAUCAUUGUGGACAUGAUAUCUUGGGAGAAGUUCAGUUACUUACUUUCAUCAAUUAUGUGGCCAUUUACAUUAAAAUGCAUUGCGGAAGGGAAAGAAUUUAUUGAAAGCAAAACCCAUCAGAUGACAUUUGUCCGGUUGCUUGAUACACUUCCAUGUAUUUAUGAAAGUCUUUUUUGCUCUGCACCAAAGCUGUCAUGGAGUUCAAUGCUAGCGGUCUCUGGUCUUCGUGACUUCAAAUGGCUUUCUUGUCUGGUGGACUUAGGAAAAUCAUCUCUGCUUGUAAUCAAAAGGCGUUGGAAGCAGUGCUUGCUAGCUCUCAUGAACCUUUUCAAACGUUCAUGUAGUGAUUCAAUUCUAUGCACAAUUAGUGUCAUCGAAGCCAUUAUCUCAUCUGAUAGCGCUGUUGUCGAUAGCUUGAAGAAUGAGGUACUCCAUGUUAUCAAUUCAUUAUCUGAUGAAGCUUCUUGCACUGUUGAAGUUAAAGUAAGUAAGCCUGAGUCAGAACCCUAUCUUGAAAACCGGAGUUCGAAUGUAGAUAGCACAUUUUACUUCGCCAAAUACGCUGAUGCUGAGAGAAUUGAAUCAAAGAAGAAACGUGGGGAUCGAGAUCUUAUUAUUCUUUUGGAUGAUGAAACAGUAAAUAUGGCAUCACCAAAGUUGGUUUCUUCAUCUUCUGACCAGUCAAAGCAGCCUAUACUGGAAGACGCAUUACCACAAGAUUCUCGUAAAUGUGUCUUAUCUAAUGGGCCAACAGAGUCUAUUAACAGCAACGUGUCAAGAGACAUUCUCAAGCCUUUUCCAUCUAGAAUAUUUGACGCGGAAUCACCAACUUCUUCACAAGAAGAAGAAAGUGAUGUGCUUGACAACAAAAGUUUGCCUUAUGAAGUCAGUUCUUCUGUUAGUAGAAACACUUCUCUUAUCCACUCAAAAGAUACAGAUAGAAAGAAGAUAAACAGUAUGACUGCCAAAGAUGUUGUCCGAUCACUUAAAGAUUCCAGGUCAUAUUGCAAGGCUUUAUCCAGCCAAUCUGUUAAACACCACUCAUCCAUUCAAAUCUCUUCUUCUAGGACCCGCAAAAAUAGUUUGGAAAUUCAAAAAGAUGAUGCUCUAAUUAAGGAGUUAGUUUGUGACAGCAUUGAUGAUCCAUUGGAGCGUGAUCUUGAUAACGUUAAACGUCCACCCACUGUGCUGACAAAGCCAAUAACUACUGUUCCGAAGCGGAAAGUUAUACAGCUUCAAAUGCCAACUAAUAACAAAUCUGGUAAGAGAAUGGGCACAGGAUUUAAAAGACUUAAGCCUCCAAGAUUGGAUGACUGGUAUAGACCCAUUUUAGAAUUAGAUUACUUCAAUGUUGUGGGUUUAUCUCCUGGUACAAAUGAGAAAAACACAACUUCAGCCAAUCUAAAGGAGGUGCCUUUAUGUUUUAAGUCAGUCGAGCAUUAUGUUGAAAUUUUCCGGCCUUUGGUUUUGGAGGAAUUCAAAGCUCAGUUGCAUAGUUCAUAUAUGGAGACAUCUCCAGAUGACAUUUUCUGUGGUAGUCUUUGUAUACUUUCAGUUGAAAGGAUUGACGAUUUUCAUAUCGUCCGUGGUCGUCCUGAUGAUAACGAGUCUGCUGCAUCCAAGGGCUGUGUAGAAAACGAUCUGGUCCUGCUCACCAGAGAACCUUUGCAAAAUUCUGCCCAAGAUGUACACAUACUUGGGAAGGUGGAAAGGCGUGAGAAAAGCAAUAAAGGCCAGUCAACAAUUCUUGUCAUUAGGUUCUACCUUAUGAAUGGCUCUUCCCGAUUAAAUAAAGUGAUGAAGCUUCUGACUGAACGGAGCAAAUGGUGUUUAAAUCGAGCUAUGAGUAUUACCCCUCAAAUUAGAGAAUUUCAGGCCCUUUCAUCAUUGCAUGACAUUGCUAUGCUUCCAGCAAUCUUGAAUCCUGUUGAACACUCUCUUGGACAUCAUGAAUAUAGAAAAGCGGAAUUAAGCAAGCUCACAAGGCCGUUGCAGGACAUGCUUAAAUCAUCAUUUAAUGACAGUCAGCUUGAAGCUAUAAGCAUUGCAGUUGGAACGCAAGCUUCAAGAAGUAGUUUUGAACUGUGCCUCAUUCAGGGUCCUCCAGGAACUGGUAAGACCAGAACUAUAGUUGCUACUGUUAGUGCAUUGCUUUCUUUACAUUCAACUCGUGAGAGUUGUUCUUCAAACAUAUGGAAUAGCAGUUCAAGGACAACCGUCUCAUGCGCCAACCCAAGAACUCAGAUUGGCCAAUCUGCUGCUAUUGCAAGAGCUUGGCAGGAUGCAGCCCUUGCAAAACAAAUGAGCAAUGAGUUUGAAAAAAGCUCCUUUGGACAAAUUGAACGUUCUCCGAGAGGGAGGGUUCUUAUCUGUGCACAGUCAAAUGCAGCAGUUGAUGAACUGGUUUCGCGAAUUAAUGAAGGUCUUUAUGGGAACGAUGGAAAGGUGUACAAACCUUAUCUUGUAAGGGUUGGCAAUGCAAAGACUGUCCAUCCUAAUUCACAACCUUUUUUCAUAGAUAGGCUUGUUGAACAGCGGUUGGCAGAUAACAGCAGAAACAAUGCUGAUCUAGAAACUGAUACCAAUGCUAAGUCUUCUAGUUCACUUCGUUCUAAACUUGAGAAAUUAGUGGAUAACAUACGCCAUUAUGAGUCUAGGCGUGCUAAACUGGAUAAUGCUGAUGCGAACUCAAGUAAAUCUUCUGAUGCCAGGGCUUGUAAUGGUGAUGAUAUGCAGGAAAUAUCUGAUGCUGCACUGGGAGCAAAACUCAACAUCCUGUAUGGGCAGAAAAGAGUUCUCUGUGCAGAACUUGCUGCUGCUCAGUCCCGAGAGAAGAAAGCAUCUGAGGAGAGCUGGUCUCUCAAGAAAAAAAUUCGAAAAUCAAUCCUAAUGGAGGCUGAAAUUGUAGUAACGACACUUAGUGGCUGUGGUGGUGACCUGUAUGGAGUUUGCUCUGAAUCAGCUUCUAACAAUAAAUUUGGACGAUUUUCUGAACAAUGUUUGUUCGAUGUUGUUGUAAUUGACGAAGCUGCCCAAGCUCUUGAACCAGCGACACUGAUUCCUCUUCAGCUUCUUAAAUCUUAUGGAACCAAAUGCAUAAUGGUUGGAGAUCCAAAGCAACUUCCAGCUACCGUCCUUUCUAGUGUGGCUAGCAAAUUUCUUUAUGAAUGUAGUAUGUUUGAAAGAUUACAAAGAGCUGGUCACCCGGUAGUGAUGCUUACGGAACAGUAUCGUAUGCACCCUGAGAUUUCCAGGUUUCCAUCAUUACAUUUUUAUGAGAACAAACUACUAAAUGGAGCUCUGGUGGCCACUAAAUCAGCAUCAUUUCAUGAGAAUGCUUGUCUUGGCCCUUACAUGUUCUUUGAUAUUGUUGAUGGUCAUGAGCAUCAUGGAAAGAGUUCUGCCUCCUUAUCCCUCUAUAAUGAGUCUGAGGUUGAAGCAGCCAUUCGAAUACUUACAUUUUUAAAGAGCAGCUAUUCAUCGGAGUUUGCAUCUAGAAGAAUAGGAAUCAUAACUCCUUACAGGAGCCAGCUUUCAUUAUUGCGGUCUCGUUUUUCAAUUGCGUUUGGGCCAAAUAUAGUUUCUGAAAUGGAAUUCAAUACUAUUGAUGGAUUUCAAGGUCGCGAAGUCGACAUAUUGCUACUGUCCACUGUUAGAGCCUCAGAUUCUACCAAAUCAAGUUCCAUAGGUUUUGUUGCUGAUGUAAGACGAAUGAAUGUUGCUCUUACACGGGCCAGAUUCUCUUUAUGGAUAGUUGGUAAUGCAAGAACUUUGCAGAGGAAUCUCCAUUGGUCUUCUUUGAUUGAUAAUGCGAAGGAAAGAAACUUGUUCAUGUCGGUUUCUAAGCCUUAUGUUUCCAUAUUUAGGAACGCCGUAUCUGCAGUCACCAAAAACUCAGGUUCUAAGUCGGAUCCAUAUUGGAGUCGCCAUCCAAAGACCACUGGAAAAGAUAGGAGUAGAACCAAUAGUAAAGAAUUUCCCAAGGGCACAAGUGACCUCAAAGAUGAGAAAUUACAUCAACAUCCUAAGCGAUCACAGAAUUUGCGAAACGAUGAUAAUCAUUCUAGUGAAGUCGCACUGAAGCACAAGGAUAGGGUAUCAACAAAAAGAAGUCACCCUCUUCCAAGCUUUGAAGGUGAGCGCGACAAGAUUCAAGGCCAGCAAAAUCAUCUGGCAAGUGCUGAUAAUGCUUCACAAAAACAACAAAAUUGUACCAAAACAGGAGACAAGAUUGUUCAGGAAGUACAGUUGGAAACAGAUUCUUCUAAAGAAUUGAUCAAGAAAAAAAAGAAGAUACAGAUAUUUUGUAAAUCUGACACAUCUAGUAAAUCGUGCCAGAGUUCUGCAAUGACAUCUUCAGAAGAAAGCCACAGAUUAAGUGAUGAAGCUUCGAUAGAGAAGGCAAAAGAGGCUCGGAAAUCUUCUAAGCAUGUGACAUCUAGUAAGUUGAGGCAGCAGAGUGCAACUGCAGCCUCUUCUAUUGGAGGAGGCUCUGAGGUAUGUGAUGUAGUAUUGACAAAGAAGGGAAAAGAGAGGCGAACAUCUUUUGAGCAUGAUAAAUCUACGGAAAUUGAGCCACCAGCAAUUCUUCAAAGUGAGCAUUUCCUGCUGAAGUCAAGGUCAUAAACCAAAGCGAUAAGGUAUUGAUGGACAAGUCAAAAGCAAGCUCCAAGGCUUCUGAACAUGAUAAAUCUGGUGAAUCAAAUCGGCAUAGUUCAUUAGCUGUCUCCUCUUGUGCUGAAGGAAGCCAUAGAAUGAAGGACACAUAUAAUUGCCAAACACCUAAUCUGGAAAAUACAUCUAAAGCGAAGGCAAAAAGAUUGCAUAGGCGUUCUGAACACGGUAAAUCUGGUGGUAGAUUGAGUCCAAGUGCUUCUACUUUUCCAUCAGCAGCGGAAAGUAAGCUAUUAAAUGAGAAGGAUGAUGGAAGGCCUCAGAUAAGAAAUGCUCCAAAAAAUUUGAUGGCAACACGAAAACGGCAGCGUGAUGACGUUGAAGCGCUGUUAUCUUCAGCUCUUAUUUCUUCAAAGAAGUCUGAAGGUUCAUCAAGGGCUGGAUCUACCAAGACUUCAAGCUGCAAGUGAGAAAAUUUUACUUGUAACAAACAGAUGGUAAGAUCUUUACCUACCGACAUUCUACCAAGGACAAGAAAUUUUGUUCUAGAUUGAAAUACGCUUCUCUUUUUGUGGACAUGAUAUACCUUUUCUUCUUCUGACAUAAUGAAGAUAACAUCAGCCUCUGUUGCUCGGAUAGGAGAAAAAUCUAUUAUCUUGGAGGAAAGCCCUGAACCUGUAACAACCCUGUUAUAAGCUAGUUCUUCGCCAACUUUCCUCCAAAAUUAGGGUUUGUAGGUCCUAGUUUGAUGGGAAUGGCAAAGGGAGAGUUCACUUCAGGUUUUUAUGCAGUUAAGCGUGUCCAGGGGCAGUUGGGAAUCCUUGACCCCUAUUGCUGAUUGUUUGAGAAAAUCUACGAGUAAUCAAUUUAAGAGGGUUAUUAGGUUGAUUUCACAUGAUGUUAAUUUUUUUACUAAUACAUGCAAUGAUGUAUUAUGAUUAUACUGUCAUGCAUGUAUCAGAUUAAUAAUAUUUUAUUCAUGAUUCAUAAGUAUACUUUUGUUA